AUCCAACCUCGGCAGUUGAAUUUCGAAACCCGACCAAGUUGGAUCUCCGGUGGUCUAUCCUCGUUGACACCUUCGCGACACGGUUCGCUUCUUCCGCGUCUUCCUCUCUUCCAGUUCCUUUUUUCUCUGUUUUGUUUCCUCCCCCAGUAUUAUUAGUAUUCGUUUCUUCCUCGCUAAAAGUUGCGCCGGUAUCUCCUUCCCCCUCCCCCCGCAUACUAUCGUCAGUGUUUUCUAUCCACGACGAUCGUCGUCCACCGGUCAGCAGGAUGCAUGUCUGGAUCAUGCAACAACUGCCGAUGCCGCAGGUGUCGAACGUCUUUUACCCGUUCAACACCAGCCUCGAGGAGGAAAUGAAGAGACUGUUCACAGAUUUCACGAUAGAGACGCAAACCGCGCCUCUACCGAACGUGGAGGACAUAAUGGAGGAGUUCCGCCAUAACGGCCGGGAUUUUGAAUACUGUCCAGAUCUGGACAACGGUACCAUGCCAGUGACGACACCGAGACGCAAGAAAAAUAAGAAACCCCUGCCUACGGAGUGCGUUUUCUGUAGAAACAACGGCGAGGAGGAAACUUAUUACAGGCAGCAUUUGCUCAAGGACAUCGAUGGCAAAGUCAGUUGCCCGGUAUUGAGGGCGUACACGUGUCCGAAAUGCGGCGCGUGCGGCGACGAGGCGCACACGGUCAAGUACUGUCCCAAGAGCCCGAAGGGUACCAAUACUCUGGCGACAGCGAACGCCUUCAAGCUGUUGAGAAACUCGAUGGGCAGACGACGCAUCAAGUAGAGAGGACCGCACAUGUGUCGGCACCCGUCACUGUUUCUGUGCCAUAAAAUAGGUAACGGGGGUGGUCUGGUAUUUAUCAACGGCCUCCGAGAAAACUUGACCAGAUAACCCCGAGGAAUUCUGGAGGACGUCGAGCGAACCCCGGUAUCAUUUGCUGGCAGGUAAUCGUUACCAUCUCGCGACCCUUGAAGUCAGCCAAUCGAAUUGUUCCCGCAGGGAUUCGCCGGUCAUACUUUUACUCUCAACGGAGCUGGCUCGUGCGAGCAAAAGGAAAUUCACGAAUCGUUGCUCGAUCGAUCGGUACAGGGAUCUACCUUACCGCGAGAAACUGCGGACGAAAUGUCUUGUACAGUUCCAUUGCUCAAAUUGCACGAUUUCUAUCGUGUAUUGAUUUUCCUUUUCUCGUGCGAUACAAUAUAGCUGUGUUAGAUUUGCGGAUAAGUACUGCACCAGUUUCCAUUUGAUUAACUGAUAAUGGAAGUUUGUUAGUUGUACAAUUCGAAUCUCGAUUGUUUGUUGGGAAAGAGGAAUGUCAGGGACAUUUGGCUGCUCGAAAAGCUAUUGCGAAAGUCGACAAUGUUGGUGACCACUCGGAAAUAUUGAAUUUUUUAUGAUGCACUGUUGUUUUAUGAUACUUUAAUAUUUUUAUCGAGUUAACUGUAGAAAAUUUCAAGCAUCUGCAUGCCUUUCACCAGCAAAUACAGAUUGUUCGUCGGACGACUGGACGAAUAGUUUUGAGCAGUGAUGCAUGGUGCAUUGCUUAUCCGUAGAUGAUUGAAUUGACAGAUACGUGGAAUAAAUUUCGAAAGGCAUUUGAUAAUGAUCGAUCGGGUAGGAUCGGCAGAUCUGCGAAUCGAACCGUGAGAGAACCGAGAGGCUGCAUCCAAAGAUCUUCGCAUAGUUGUAAGAACUAUUUAUAGACAAUGUCGUGCCAUAUGUUAUCGGUGAGAGAGAUGUAUUUCGUUGAUGAAUGAACCGGCAAGUCAGACGUGUCGUGAAAGUCAUCGUUACGAAAGAGAUUCAUUUCGUAGACCGACGAAGAAAAGAGCCAUCUUUUUGGUAUUCAUCAUUAGGGCCAGCAUUUGAUACUUAAACGUAUUCCUUUCGACUUUCCUGCUUUUCUUUUCUUUUUAAAUUGUGUGUAUAUACAUUUACACGUAUUGACCCUGGCAGAGUUUGAAUGCGUCAGCAUAGAAUUCGCAGACAUCUUUACUGAUACGGUAUUCCUUUCGAAGAAAGUUUUAGGCGUGUAACGUGAGCGAACGGAAUCUAACGGAGACUACGUUAAGCGAGUACUGUGAUAAUGCGAAUAAAAGACUAUCUUUUGUUUUAUAAUAACGAUGGGGCCGUAGACUUGACAUUGGCGGGAUCAUGGGAGCAACACUGCAAUUCAACGAAUUUGUACCUUAUCGCGCGAUUUUUCACGGUCUCAAUUUUUACCGCGAUUGAUUCCUCACCAAUUUCGCGAACGGUUUAGCUACGUUUUCAAUCUUCCGUCGAUCGACGGCACCAGACGAUUCAACUUAACGGGUUAAGUUCGAGAAGGAUUAUUCCCUGCGUCAGACGAUACAACGAUUAGGAUUAGAACAUUGACUUCUCUACGUCUUUAUUAGAACGAAACCGUGGUCUUGUCUUAUUCGUAACGCCGGUAAUUUACACGUUAUUACGAUACGUCGUAACUCGCGUCAAGAUUUCAGAGGAAGCUUCUUUUUUCCUCAUCGAUUUAGACUUCCUCGCGUUCUUGAACCGUCCACGGACACGUGGCCGAAUGAAAGGUGAAAGUUCCUUGUUAAAGAGUAUACUUAAUUAUCUGGCUAGUAGAGUUUACACGUGAAAAAUUAACGCGGCGGUUCGACCAGUUCAAUUUGUAGCAUAUCGCGAUGAACUUUAACCUCCUCGAUUUUGAUCAUUCACCCUUGUACGAACUGAGCUGUAUUUCUAAUUCUGUAAUCAAUUUUUUAUAUUCUCGCGAAGUGUCGCAACUGAUCGCCAUUUUAUGGAUACAUCGAUUUACAUUUUCUACAUGAAAGUUUCCACGAAAGAUUUAAAGUAUUCAAUUGCUAUGAAUAUUUUCGUUGACCGUGCAAGGAUCGAGUUCAAAUGUCGAGCAGAGACGAUAAAAGCAAAAAACUAUUGGAAGAAUCUGCGAUCCGGAAAAUGAUGUAUCUGCGAUGCAUCCUGUUCGCGCAGACGCAAAAAGCCUCUGUACCUGCGUGUUCGACCAUCAUUCGUUCAAGGUAAUUCGGAACAAAGACGCCAGGAACUGUCUUCCGCAUAUCGUUCUUUGUCCGAAGACACUCGAGCAGAUGAUGGCCGAACCGUUGCUCUUUACAGGCAGCGGCUUCUUUUCCUGCGACCUUAAAAGCACGCGUUCGCCGUGAACGCGCAAAACGACGUCUCGGACGGAGAUAAACAGAAAUAGGGAUGAACUAACACGCCUGCGAACCGCCGCGUUCCUUUCGUUUUCGGGAAACAUUUUUCUUGUAUAUUUCCUUUCAGAACUUCGGUUCUUGGUGUUUAUCUUUCUAC